AAAUUACUGAAAAGUUUUUCCACAUGGGCGCCCCACCUGGUGAAAUUCCGCCAGAGCGCUGCGAUCUUCCUUAGGAUACUGUGCAGCAUUGUAGCGACAGCAGCUCACAAUUGUGAAGACAGGAGUCUUGAUUGGAUCGCUGUGGAGUUGUGGGGAGAAAUCACAGGAUUGCAAUUUCAGCAUCAACGUUCCAGGGCCUGCUUAUUUGAGAUCUCUUGGCAUCAUUCCAACAAGGAUGGCUGUCAGCCAGAUUGUUAUACGCAGCUCUUACAGUCAUGUGCCUAGUAGUCUCAAUAUCGGGCAGCAGAAGAAGUAUGGGCGCCAGAAAAGUAGUCACGUGUCAGCUUGCGUCUGCAAUCCUUCCUCUGACGAGACUUGGGCCCUUCAAUCAAAAACUUCACGUGGUGGUGUUCGAAAUAGGAGAGUUGGCAGGCCUUUCCCUUCUCUUAUUGAGACAAGGCUUCUAGGACAAAGACCACGUUUAUUUUCCACACCUUUUCUGAGCUUAGAACCUUCAUACCGAGCGGGCAGUAGAAUAGUCUGCGAAGCAGGAAUAGAAGUCCCCAAUGCUGAGUGGGAGGCCGCUUUCGAGAACGCUUGCGACGCAUCAGACCUGCGAAAGGCCCUGCGGCUGCUGGAGGGGCUCAAUCCGCCGCAGAGCCGCCCAACACCCCCCAAAACAAGGCCCCCCACGAUUGACAUCGACCUCAGGUCCUCUUCUCAAAGCGAUAUAAUAGCGCCCGCUUAUUAUGAUGAGCAGGAGGCGCAACUAGAAGGGGCAGGGCCAGUCCUAGUUCAGGAGCCUGACUUUGAAAAUGAUGAUUUCUUUGAUUUGCCGAGGGAGUCGGAAGCGGAGUCAAACAAGGAGAAAGUGACAGUACCCCCCAGGGUACUGUUACGGGUGCUCGACGCCUGUUUGGGGACGACGGACCUGAUUUCAGUAGCGACGGCAUAUCGGUGGCUGCAACAGAGGGGCCUGCUGAGGGCGUUUGGCAGGGUUCGAUUGGGAGAUGCUGACACUUCUCGUCUAGUGACACCAGAGGGAUUCAAAAGGGAGUCUGGCUUAGAAGCGUCGAAGCUCUCCCCCAAGAAGUCCCUCCUACAAGGCCCCUCUGCCGCGGCUUUCGUCGCCCUGAUUGCCGGCCUCUCCUACGCUAAUCAGAACGAGCUAACCCUAGUUAGGCCGAUUCUAACCUCUAUUCUGAGCCUGGGUUUGCUCGAUGCGUUUCUGUAUGGGGGUGCGGGCUUCGGCCAGCUUAUGAUGACGCUGUGGCCGGGGCAUAGGCGCCGGGUGCUUAUACACGAGGCAGGCCACGUGGUGGCCGCUUAUUUGCUGGGGUGUCCGGUGCGGGGGGUGGUUCUGGACGCCAUGCAGGCGGUCCGAAUGGGGAUACGAGGUCAGGCGGGCACUCAGUUUUGGGACCAGAAGCUAGAGGAAGAGAUGAAGGAGAACCGCCUGUCCGGAUCCACCCUCGACAGAUACUUCGUGGUCCUGUUUGCGGGCAUAGCCGCUGAGGCGCUUAUAUACGGGGAAGCGGAGGGUGGGGAAAGCGACGAGAACCUGUACGUUCAUGUCGUGAAAGGGCUGCGGCCGCCCUGGAGCCCGGCAAAGAUUUCGAACCAGGCUCGAUGGUCCGUGCUCCAGGCCUAUAAACUGCUCUCAUCUCACGAGCGUGUUCUCACUGCGGUUGUGCGGCGACUGGAAAGCGGCGCGAGCAUGGCCGAUCUGGCACGUGUCAUCGAAGAGAGUGCGGAACGGAGGCAGGGGCCCGUCAGGAGAGUGGAUCUGUGAUGACGGAAAAAGUCGGAAACGUGACGGGAAUGAGAACGUAGUGAGUUGAAGGGGUAUCUAACGACUGGUGUUCGACCAGAAAACCGAAGAAGAGGGCUUUUCAAAGAUUAGUACUCGUGCUUAUUAGUACGCCUCACCAUAAAAGGAAAAGCGUUGACCAUCCGGAAAGUAUUGUGUGGAUCAUUUACAACAACUGACUUUUGAAUUGGACAGCGCCACCCUGGCAUAUAGCAAAAACAAGUAGUUUGUUCUGCGAGAUGGGAAUUUAUGUGACUCCCUAACACAGCGCCGAAAGCAGCUGACAAACGUCUCACAGGAAGUGAUCGGCCUGUUGUCACACAGAGUGAAGGCAUACGGCAAAGCGAGCGAGGGAACUCCAAAGCCGUCAAGUCGGAAUCCUGUCCUCAUUCAAUAGUUACCAUAUUCUUGUGCCAGAGUACUUGACGGCCCCCGGCUGAAGAAUGAUUACUGUACAAGGGGGAAUCUACUGUCUGCAGCUACAAACAUAACUUGCGCCGGUCAAAGAUCCGCCAGACCCUGG